AUGAUCUCCGAUGCCGAGUUUUGGAUGGAGACGCGCCGCAGCAUGAACGGCGGGGACACCAUUUUCAAGAGCAUGCUCGCCUUAAUUCACGCGAGACAAAGUACCCUCGACGCGCACUCCACCACAACGGAUAAGGAGGAGUAUAAGCUGACAUCGUGGGGGCGGAAGCACCGCGAUGAGGCCAGCGGACGCGUCUACGGCAACGAAGAAAAGAGAGAAAUGGAGCAGUCGGCUCGGCAGAAGGAAGCGGUGCUGAGAGACUCCGGUAAGCCUCUGGAGGCGAACAAGGCUUUCAGCGUUGUGGAAAACUCGCCGGAUACACAGCAGUACGGCGUUGCCUCCAGCACGUUGCGUGUGCUUCAGCAGGUCAUGAUGUUUGCUGUCCCGAUUUACGCUCUGCGCUACAACAUCCCCGCCAUGUCCAUGAGCUGGAACACGAGCUGCUUUAUUGAUCGGCAGACGAAGCAGCUCAUCACCUUUGGUGCGGGGCACGGCGUGAAGGUGCCACAGCACCUCCGCGGUCGCGGCUGCGUCGCCGGCGAUGGCUUCUUCGCGAUUUUGUCGAGCCAAGAUGAGGUGUGGGCGUCGGGAGGUUUGAAGGUGUCGAGCUCGUCUGUGGACGGCCCUACCGCCUUGGGCAUUGAAGAUGCGAUGACCGGCAUUGCCGGCAAGACGCUGAUGCUGGUCGGGCACGGACAGCGGCUCGCCAUCGUUACGCGCGCGUUCACCGUGCGGCCACUCUCUGCGCUGUCGAACCCAACUCGCUCCAUCAUUCCAGCUCGCCACGUCCGAUUCUUGGACCUGGGCUACGGCGAGGAUUACUACAUGGUGGGCACCGACUCCAUCGUCUACAAAACGACGGCGUCAAAGCGGGCGGUCAGCACGCCUCGCCGCGUCAUGACGCUCUGCCGCACACCGGUGUCCCGCGUGGCGAGCGGGACGGGCUUUCUGCUCAUCAUCGACCAAAACGGCCACCUCUACACCUUCGGGCGCAACAAGAAAGGCCAACUCGGCAACGGCGAAAUUCAAGACGCGCGCCGCAAGCCGUGCUUCGUGGAGGAGCUGUCGCACCACUUCAUUGUCCAGGUCGCCGCGGGUGACUGCCACUCGCUCGCGUUAGCGAGCAACGGCAGGGUUUACGGUGCGGGGAGCAGCGAGAGCGGCCAGCUGGGGCUGGGCCGCGAUGUGAAGCAGGUGGCGAAGUUCACGCCGAUUCCGUUGGGCAACGGCGAUCUGCGCUGCAUCGGCAUUGCGGCCGGCCCGGCGGGCAGCAUGUUCUACUGCGACAACGGCCUUGUCUUCACGUGCGGAUUGAACGACAGCAUGCAACUCGGCUUGGAUACGACGGAGAAGGUGGUGUGUGAGCCGACACCCGUGGCGGUGCUGGCGGAUGGUGUAGAGUCGUACACGAUGGACUUCGGUGGUUUCCGCCGCCCGGAGGGAGAGGAGCCGACGCCGUCGGCUGACCCGAGCACGGAUCGAAGUGGCGCGGGGCCGUCCCGAAGCGCAAACAGCGCCAACCUGAGCGGCUUCGGCAUGCGUGCGAGGAACCCGUCGGUGAGUCAGAACGCGACGGUGAUCAACAUAUCCGACUCCCCAGGCGCCAACAAGAAUACCGUGAAUGUGAGCGACGGCUUGACGAAGGCCGGUAGCAACAACGGGAGUGCGAACAACAACGCAGCGGGUGGCACCGACAGCGACGGCGGUGGUGCAAGGAGGGGAGGCAACGCCGGUGUUGGUUCUCUAAGAGUGGACGCAACUCUGGGGAACGAAAACCACCAACCGAUCGACGAUGCGGAUGAGGCUCCUGCUUUCCCAAAGCGCGGCGCAGGAAAUCCGCGGUUACGUCACAACGAGAACAUAGAUGGUCCAAAGAACGAGAAAGUAAAAGGGAAAUGCGGGUGUUGUGCGGUCAUGUAA